UGUUCGAACUUCGAGUGGAGAUCUCCGGUGAACUAUAAAAAAAAAAAAAAAAAAAUGAAAAAAAUUGCAGGAGUCACGUGACCGCGCGCAGUAGUUCCAAGAUGGAGACUGGAGUGCGCGGUGCUACUUUCGCUACUUAGCUACUAGCCUCAUCAUCACAAUUCUUAAAACACCAUGUGAGCAAGGACCUUUCAUUAACUCCCAGUUCCUUCUUCGUUUGAGAUCUUUCCAACGCCGACGAAGUAAACAGGAGUCGUCUUUGUCCCCCAAAAAAUAUAUACUAUAUAUAUAUAUUGAAGACAAGUAGGCUAAGGAGAAGUGGGGAGAGAACCAAAAGUGCAAAUGAAGAGCAAGUCAAUGUAAAACAGGAAGCAGCUAUGGCGUUAAGAGAGUUAAAAGUUUGUCUUCUGGGGGAAACUGGUGUUGGCAAGUCAAGUAUCGUGUGGAGAUUUGUGGAGGACAGCUUUGACCCAAACAUCCUACCAACUAUUGGGGCAUCUUUUAUGACCAAGACGGUACAAUACCAAAACGAGCUGCACAAGUUCCUCAUUUGGGACACAGCAGGACAGGAGCGGUUUCGAGCUCUGGCACCAAUGUACUACAGAGGCUCUGCAGCGGCCAUCAUUGUUUAUGACAUCACAAAAGAGGAGUCCUUCCAAACGUUGAAGAACUGGGUGAAGGAGCUGCGUCAGCACGGCCCUCCCAAUAUCGUGGUGGCCAUCACUGGCAACAAAUGUGAUCUGUCGGACGCCAGGGAAGUCUUGGAGAAGGACGCCAAGGACUACGCCGACUCCAUCCAUGCCAUAUUUGUCGAGACCAGUGCCAAGAACGCCAUUAACAUCAACGAGGUGUUUAUAGAGAUAAGUAAGCGUAUCCCAGUCGCAGGCGCGGGAACGUCGGGAAAAGGUUUCAAACUGGGGCGACAAGAAUCAGAGUCUCGCAGGACGUGCUGCUGAUGACACCGGUGACUAUUUGUCACGUUUCCCUAACCUCAUCCUUCCAUUGUAUAGCUAUCAACACGAGCAUGAGGAGCGACAAAAACAAUGCACGAGAAAUGGGUUUUUGAAGUGACAGAAGAAAGUCUACAAAUAAUCUGGUUGGUGUCGCUGGUUUGUCAUCUCCCACCCAUAAGACAUACGAGAGUGAUUAUUUUUUAUAGUGCUUAAAUUAUUGUUUUUAAUAAUUAUUUCUCAACUUCAUAAUAUUGACUUUUCUCUGCAAUCUGUAAUUUUGUAUUAUUGAUUCCUCAUGUUGGAAAAAGCUCAUGUCAACUGCAAAUACAGAAAUUGAUUUACAAAUGUGAGGCAGCCAAUGGCCUUUUUUACAUGAUAUUGUUCCUAUUUCACUACUUACAAAAAGUUAGGGAUGUUGGGUUUAUGGGGGAAAUUUCACGAUGAACCUAAAAUACGUUAUAACCUUGACAGGUGAACUCAGUUUGAUCUUUAAACUUUUGAGUGCACAUCCGGUUGUACCAUGUUUCAGUACUUUUGCGUAACUCGCUGUUCGGUAACAAGGUAUUUGAUCCAUUUUCACAUCAUGAGACCAAGACGACAUCUAACAACGGAUCAACGGUAACUCGCCGUCGCAAGGCUUAAACAGGUUGUUCACAGAUGGAAAUGGCCACUGAACUAAGAGCUCUGAGAUAUGGAGAGAAUGGAGGCGUCACAGAAAGGCAUAAAAGUGGAAAUCUAUAACACCUUUUGUAAAUUUAGCCCUUCAGCUCCUUGUUGGAGAACAGUGGGUUGUUCAAACAGUACUGAAAACUGAACAGCUUGACAUGUGCAUUCAAAACUUUAGAGAAGAUCAAAUUAUGUUCACCUGUAAAGGUUAAUAGUGCAUUUUAGGGCCAUCCUGAAAUUUCACCCCAAAGCCCAAUAUCCUGAACUUUUUGCGACUAACAGUGAAUGUUGCGUUGUUCAUCUCCUUAGCUUGUCGUCUUGACGACUUUGCAGCUAGUUAAUAACCGCUUAACACCCUCCGUUUCGGUAUUGUUUAUAUUUGUUCAGUGAAAACUCUGUAAUGUCUGACCUAAAGUAAAAGAAAAAAAAAAUGAGCGCAAGAAGCUGACGUGGCACUACGUCAAAACUCGCAUUGACCCCUGGAUGAACCUCCGCCUCUGAUCUGCUUUCAGUUACCCGGCAUGAGUUAGUGAGGCUUUUCUGCACCCCCCCCCCCCCCCCCCCUCCUCACUUGUAACUUCAAACACUUAACUUUACGGAUGUUUCAUCUCACACAGUGAUUUCUUUUUUGUAUUUGUUUACUUAUCGGUGGCCUGCAACCCCAACAUAUUUGCAGAGUCUCUUUUCAUAAUGUGAUCAAGUGGAACCCCCAAAGUCAAACACAAUCUGUUAUGCAACGCUGGUUGGAAAUAAUGUUGAGUGAAUAAAUUUAUUCCAAGCUCAAACCAUCAAAAAGACUUAACUUUUUUAACGUUUACACUAUAGGCAGUUUUUCAAAGUAACAGUUGAUUAUUGCUCACUGUUCAAGUAUAAACAGUAUAAAGUUAACCAAACUAACUACUACUAAAAACUGCAAUUAACUGCUACUUUUCCAAAGACGCCAGGCAGAUGGAUUAUGGAGAGUAAAAAUGUGUGGUUAUUUUUUUUGUUUUUGUUAGUAAGUGUCGCUCUGCCAAUUCUGACUUCCUCCUCUAUUCGAAAAACAAGCAUGUAAUGUUCAUUGAAGAACUGUCCAUACUGUAGUUGUGAAUGCUUAUUUGGCUUUAUAUAAAGUGCCUUUGGUGCCCUAAUCAGAAUUACUGUCAUCAUGAAAAUAUGGCAGAAUAAUGAAACUCGAGUUUGAGGUGUUAUUAUAAGUGGCUAAAUAUUUGCACACAUACCAGUACAAUGAUAAGUAUUAAAAUGUGUUUCUUUCAUUAUACACCAUUUUAUUCAGUGGCUGUACGUGAUUUUGCCAUGUCCUACAUACUGCUCUGCCAACUACAGUAUGUAUAAUAAGUGGUUAAAUGACACUAAAUGUAAAAAAAAAAUUCAAAAUACAUGGUUUAAUUGUUCUCAAGGUUGAUAAAAACACAUCAUUUUGAUGAUAUAUAUUCUAUUUUCAUGAUCAUAUUCAACAUUUUGUAUGUGCCCCUGAAAUUGCUGCCCACCCUGUCAUUAUGGGGUAACUGCCCCUUUAGGAAACCUGAUGUUUUUAGUGACAUGAAAUAGUGGAUAGAACUAAACAUUUACACUUAACGUUUUGUAAAUUUCAUCAUACCAUGUGUGUAGUUGGAGUUUGUCAACCUUAACAUGUCCACUCUGUCAUAGUGAAAUAUCAAUUGAUAUAAAAACCUUUCAGAAAUUCAAAAUACCGUAAAUUCUCGUGUAUAAUGCACACUUGUUUCCCCCCCAAAUUGUCAAAAGUCAAUGGUGCACAUUACACACCGGUAUAGGAGAAAAUGAAAGACUUUUACAUUUUAUAAAUGUAUGCCCCCAUCUAGAGGUUAUGAAAAAGCUGUACACUUUCAUUCCACUAUGCCACCAUCCCCUAGAGGUUAUGAAAAAGUUGUACCCUUUCAUUCUCGUAUGCCACCGAGAGGUUAUGAAAAAGGUGUGGCCUACACUUUCAUUCCAAUAUGAUGGGUACUUAUGACUGCAUAUUUGUACAAUUGUGCUCAUAACUUUACAUACCCAGGCAGAAAUUGUGAAAUAAUGUUUUUGUUUUUAAAUACGACUGAUGACUGAACAACAACCAUUAUUCAUUUAUUUAUGGUUAUGUUUUGUUUAAUGAUCAUGGUUUUCUGAAAUGCUUGACAGUUUAAUUUGAAUCCCAUUAAAAUAAAAUUUUAUGUGUUUUGCCUGGUCCUUGAUGUUUUUUUUUUUACGUAAUUGUACACUUACAAAUUCUGCCUGGGUAAUCAAACAUAUGAGCACAACUGUGUGUUUUCUCAUUUACUAAAUAAAAGUAGGGCUGUGAAUUUCAAAAUAAGAGCAAUAAAUAAAAGGAAACUAUGAUUUGUUCAAAUAAAGGGCUUAACUUCAGAAUAAUUAUUUGAAAAAAACUUAACAAAAUACAGACAAUACUUCAUGUUUUGAUCAUAUGGGUAGAAGCAAAAUUAAUGCAUUGUAAAAAUGUAUUAUACAUAGGUAGAGGGGUUUUCCAGAAUUUUUAGCUCAACCUAUGGGGGUGUGCAUUAUUCAUGAGUGCGCAUUAUACACGAGAAAUUGUGGUACUUAAAACAGUACGUAGUCCACUUGCUUAAUGAAUCUUGUUGCCACAUUAAGGUCCAUCCACCAUGUGCUCCUUAAAUGCGACUGUGAGCCAAAAAUGUGCACCUGGUCAUUGUGCACAUUUAUAACAGCAUAACAUCUAGUAAAUAUGAAAUUGAACAGAAAAUGUAGUUUUUGUCAUGCUUGUCCUCUUUGCUAUCACUGGUAGAAAAUGAGCUCCCAAGUUGUCUGACUUUUGGGGUGUUGGACUAUGGAGAUUCCACUGCAGUUGUCACUAUGACAGAGAUGUCAGAAUCUUUUUUUAAUGUAAUUUUCAGUUAAUUGGUCAUUUAACAAGACUUGCACAGCAACAUUAUUAGUGUUGACUAUAACUUGCAGCAAUCGAAAUGGAGGCUUUGAAAACUGCACAUUGAUUACAGGUACAUCCCAAUAAAUUAGAAUAUGGUAGAAAGGUUCAUUUAUUUCAGUACUCAUACACCAUAUAGAUUCAUUAAAUACUUAGCAGAGGGCUACUUAAUUUCUACAUUAAAAAAUGUUUCUGAUUGUUCGAUGCAUAUGAAAAAAAAAUACACAUUUUUUAAAAAUAUGAAAUAUUUCACUGAGUGUGUGUAGUACAUAUCUAUAAUGGAAUAAAUUGAACUACCUAACUAACUAAAGGUUUUGACACUAAUUUACUGGAAUUUACCUGUAUAUUCACUCCCUGUGCCACUUACAUUCUGCGGUCUGUCUGUUUUUUCCUCGUGGAAAUCAAACUAUUUAGAUUUUCUUUUGUUGUCCGCUUCUACUUGAUGUGAUCAGUUAGGUGCCACGUUAAAGCCUUUUUUUUUUUUUUUUUUUUUUACUAAGUCAUACAUAUGUAACACUUGUGAAAAUCGCCUAACUGUGCUGAAAUGUUGGAAGGCUGAUUGUGAAAUUGUGAUUGCAAAGGCUGCCUAAUUCUGCGGAAUGGAGAGAAGCUGUGUGUGCCACUGUUGCAGUAAAUAAAACAUCAACCGUC